AUGGGAUCUUCUGGUGCUGGAAAGACCACCCUCCUCGACGUUUUGGCCGGCCGUAAGACUAUUGGAGUCAUCCACGGUGAUGUCCUGAUUGGGGGUGAACCCACUGGCGUUGCAUUCCAGCGUGGCACUGCUUACUGCGAGCAGCUUGAUGUUCAUGAAUCCACAGCCACUGUUCGCGAGGCCCUCCGAUUCUCGGCCUACUUGCGCCAGCCUUAUGAGGUCACCAAAGAAGAAAAGGACGCAUACGUGGAAGAGGUCAUCGCUCUGCUCGAGAUGGAGGACAUCGCCGAUGCUAUGAUUGGUCAGCCUGGUGUCGGCCUUGGCGUCGAAGCUCGCAAGCGUGUCACGAUCGGUGUCGAGCUCGCUGCCAAGCCUCAGCUUCUGCUCUUCCUAGACGAGCCCACCUCUGGCCUUGAUGGUCAAUCCGCAUAUAACAUUGUCCGAUUCUUGAAGAAGCUCGCUGCCGCUGGUCAGGCUAUCUUGUGUACAAUCCAUCAGCCCAACGCCUUGUUGUUCGAGCAGUUCGACAACCUACUCUUACUCCAGCGUGGGGGUGAAUGCGUUUACUUCGGCCCUAUCGGAAAGGAUAGUCAGCACCUUGUGAGGUACCUGGCAGAACGUGGGGCCGAAUGUCCCUCUGAUGCGAACCCCGCUGAAUAUGUGCUCGAGGCAAUUGGUGCUGGCUCUCGCGAGCGUAUUGGACCGACCGAUUGGGCUGAGCUCUGGCGUCAGAGCACCAACUUUGAGCAGGUCAGACGCGAAAUCCAGCAUAUCCGGGCAGAAGCCACGCAACACCCCCCGGAAUCGGACCCGAAGGCCAACCAGGAAUAUGCUACUCCGUUCUUCCAUCAGCUCAAGAUCGUCUCAGAACGUACGCUCACCGCCUUUUGGCGCCAACCUGAUUAUGGCUUCACCCGAUUGUUCACUCAUGGUGUUAUUGCGCUUAUCACGUCAUUAACUUUUCUGAAUCUCGGCAACUCUACACAAGACCUCCAGUACCGUGUGUUUGCUAUCUUCCAAGCCAGCGUGAUGCCGGCGAUUAUCAUUUCACAGGUGGAGCCGAUGUUCAUUAUGGCCCGUAUGAUCUUUAUCCGCGAGUCAUCGUCUCGCAUGUAUUCUCAGAUCGUAUUUGCUCUUGGGCAGCUGUUGGCUGAAAUGCCGUAUUCAAUUCUCUGUGCUGUCACCUAUUUCGUAUUGUUCUACUAUCCAGCAGGCUUCAAUACCGCGUCGGAUCGCGCAGGAUAUCACUUUUUUAUGAUUCUGGCCACUGAAUUAUUUUCUGUCACGCUUGGACAAAUGCUCGCGGCCUUGACACCCACUGUUUAUAUCGCUUCACUCCUCAACCCUUUUAUUCUAGUUACUUUCUCCUUAUUCUGUGGCGUGACCAUCCCUAAAGCCUCGAUGCCCGCAUUUUGGCGUGCUUGGUUGUAUCAUCUCGACCCUUUUACCCGCCUCAUUUCCGGAUUGGUUUCUACUGAGCUUCACGGGCUUCCGAUCAUUUGUCAAGCAAGCGAAUUCUCCAUUUUCCAGCCUCCUUCCGGAGAGACUUGCCAACAGUGGGCUGGCGAUUUCGUCAAUGCUACUGUUGGGUAUCUGGAUAAUCCUGCUGCCACUGCUGACUGUCGCUACUGCCCUUACUCCGUCGGCGACGAGUUCUAUGCCGGACUUGAUAUCUCGUUUAGCACGCGAUGGCGCGACCUCGGCAUUAUGCUUGCCUUUACUGCUUUUAAUACUAUAGUCACUCUGAUUGCCUCUAAGCUAUUCAAGUUCGCAAAACGAUAG